AUGGAAGAAACCAAUUCGGCUGAGCAGGGGAGGAUCUUCCACCUAUUUUCCAAACUCCCGGCCGAGCUGCGAUGGAAAAUAUGGGCCUUCAACUUACCGGGCCCAAGGCUCGUGUCUGUUCACUGCGGCUCUAAAUCAUUAUCAUCCGGGCUGGACAGUAACCACCAUCGCCUUGCCCUGUCCUCAUCCUUUGGUUGCACCUCACAGGCCAAGAUCCCGCCGAAUCUUCACGUUUGCCAUGAGUCUCGCCGUGAAUGUCUCCGGCAAUACCGGGCGUCGUUUGGGAUUGCCCGGCAACCUGGGCAGACGUUCUUUGAUUCAGAACAGGAUUACAUGUAUUUCGGUCCCCGGGACGGCUUCAUGGCCUCCGAAGCAAAUCUGCGGACGGUGCUGAGCCUGUGUGACCCGACCGAGCUGGCGCAGGUGCGCCGCGUCGCGAUCAAUGAAGCGUUGUUCUGGGUAUAUGAUUCCGCAUGGCACCGCCAGGCCCUAUGCUACCAUGAACAUGACCAUCACCACCACCAGCAGCAGCAGCAGCAACAGCAACUGCAAAAUCUGCAGUUACAGACACCCCCAAGCACACCCGUUGAGCAGCAUCACCGCCACAAUCAGCACGGGCUUAUGUCGCGAGAACCAGACACACCAUCGCCAUCUCCCGGCCCAUUCCCACUCCCAUCGCCGCACCCCGCAGCAGCGGCCAUGACGUACACGAGCAUAGCAGCCUCCCUGCUAGUCGACAUCCUGCGCCUGAUCCAUGCACGCCUCCCGGGGCUGCGGGAGCUCGUCUUCGUCCCACGGGACGAGAACCCGCUGUACAGCAGCGACUGCUACCUGACCCGGCCCGCCAUGGCACAGAACCGCCUGGCGAGGCAGGUGCGCGAGGCGAUGAAGGCUGCUUUCGAGAGCGAUGGUGCCGCCGAAACAGUCGCCGCCCCGUCGUGGGACUGGAAGAUCAUGACGUUGAGCGCGGACCCUGACCCUCCCUCCUACGACAAGCAGGUGCUCGGUUGGUGUGGCACCGGCACUGAUCCUGCGGAUAGGGGAAAGGACGGCAGUACGGCUGGCGUGCUUGGAACCAAGGGGAUCCUGAGUGUGACGACGAGGCUGGGCGCGGUGCAGGAGAGUGCCAGAAGGUUUCUCGAGAUGGAAAUGGAGGUCGAUGUUUGUGGGGAAUGA